UUUCAGUAUGGAAACUCCGGAGGCCCAUUAGUAAACCUGGAUGGUGAAGUGAUUGGAAUUAACACACUGAAAGUGACAGCUGGUAUCUCCUUUGCAAUUCCAUCUGAUAAGAUUAAAAAGUUCCUAACGGAAUCCCACGACCGACAAGCCAAAGGCAAAGCCAUCACCAAGAAGAAGUAUAUUGGCAUCCGAAUGAUGUCACUGACAUCCAGCAAAGCCAAAGAGCUGAAGGAUCGCCACCGAGACUUCCCAGAUGUGCUUUCAGGAGCGUAUAUUAUCGAAGUAAUUCCUGAUACCCCCGCAGAAGCUGGUGGGCUCAAGGAAAAUGAUGUCAUCAUUAGCAUCAAUGGACAGUCGGUGGUCUCCGCCAACGACGUCAGCGACGUCAUUAAGAAGGAAAGCACCCUGAACAUGGUUGUCCGCAGGGGCAAUGAAGACAUUAUGAUCACCGUGAUUCCCGAAGAAAUCGACCCGUAGGCAGAGGCCUGAGCUGGACUUCAUGUUUCCCUUAAAGACUCUCCAGUGGACGAUGCAUGAUGACUCUGGGCCGGUGGCACUGGAUGCCCAAGACUUUUGACCGCCAUGUUGCUUGUUCAGCAGAAACACUGGCCGGCAGAAUCCUUCUUGAUAGGUCGUAGGCAAAGCCAGUGUAACGUUGUAAACCCGCAGGCAGAAGCUCGCCCUUCUGUAUCGUAUGUACGCAGUGUGCUUUUUCUUGCCAGCUUGGACUGCUCCUGCUUGGACAGUCAACGUUUGUCUCCUUCUUUAACCGAGUCAUCAUCUUAGUCCAGCUAAGGCUGUUGCUAUAACGUGUAGGUAAGAGGAAGGUCCCAUGGGAGCCAGGAUGGUACCAGGCGUGUUUAUGCUCUCCUCCGAGUCAGCAUCCAGAGGAGGGAGAUGCCGAGACCACGGGAGGGUGAACGCUGGCUUCCAAAAUGGCCAAAGUUGCCUCUUUUAGGAAUCUCUUCGGAACCGGGCGCACAGUGACUUGGAGUUUGAGCUAUUAAAAUACUUCUUCAUA